AGUGGACUAUUCCAAAUAUGACCUUUAACCUAUCACACGUGGUCUUGUUGCAGCUGUAGUGUCGGAACAAAUCUCCGAGUUUUCUACACUUGAAAAACUAUAUCUUAAGAUAGAUAUUGGACGAGAAGGAUAUAGCUUGUCCCCUGGAGUCUUUUCUGGGAUUAAUGGCGCGUAAGAAGAGCGGGAAAAGGAAGGGGAAGGCCGCCAAGCAGGCCAAGCAGAAUGCUGAGUACGAGAGGGAAGACCUGAAGAAGGCUCCUCACACGUUUGUGAUCGCCCGAGGCAAGGUGGGGAACAAUGUGGGCCAGCUGGUCAAGGACAUGCGUAGAGUCAUGGAGCCUUUCACUGCUUCAAACCUCAAGGUGAGGAAGAAGAAUGUCCUUAAGGACUUUGUUGCUGUUGCUGGUCCCCUGGGAGUGACUCACCUGGUCAUCUUCACCAAGACUGACAAAGGAGUCAACAUGAAAUUUUCACGUCUACCGAGAGGUCCCACCCUGUCCUUCAAGGUUGACAGCUACGCGCUGUGCAAGGACGUGCUGUCCACGCUGAAGAGACAGCAGACAUACGCUUCCCAGUUCCAGCACUCCCCGCUACUAGUGCUCAACAACCUGGCACGGGAAGGCAUGCACUUCAAACUCAUGUCCACCAUGUUUCAGAACAUGUUCCCUUCGAUCAACAUCCACAGGUUGAAGCUCAACACCAUCAAGAGAUGUGUACUCUUCACCUAUGACCCCGACACAAACAUGGUGGACUUCAGACAUUACAACAUUAAGGUCGUACCAAUCGGCAUGAGUAGGGGGGUGAAGAAACUGCUCCAGUCCAAGGUGCCCAACCUCAAGAAGUAUGAGGACGUCAGCGAGUACAUCUUAGGGGGUGGAAACCUUUCUGAGAGUGAGGCUGAGCCUGAUGGUGAUCAGAAUGAGGUUGACCUGCCACAGCAGGUCGCUGGUCGAGGAAACGAGGCUUCGCAGAAAAGUGCCAUCAGACUAACAGAGAUUGGUCCGAGACUGAGACUCCAGCUGGUAAAGAUAGAAGAGGGGCUGUGUGAGGGAGACGUCAUCUUCCACCAGUUUGUGACAAAGUCAGCAAAGGAGAUAGAAGAACUCAAAGAAAGACGAGAGGAAAAGAAAAUGAUCAAAGCACAGAGGAAGGCUGAGCAGGAUGCAAACAUCAAGAAGAAAGAGCAACUCAAGGAGGAGAACAAGCAGCGAUCUCUGGCAGGCAUAAAGAGGAAGCAGAAAGACAAUACAGCAGUUAAUGAAGAAAACCCUGAGGACUCCUCUGAUGAUGACACAAAGUACUACAGGCAGGAGGUUGGGGAGGAACCAGAUGCAGACUUAAUGCUGUCACGAACAUCAAAGAGGAAACCAGGCAGGCAAGACUUUUCUGAGAAAAGAAAGAGGCCAAGGAGUGAAAGUCGGCCUCAAGGUGCCCACGGAAACAGGAACUUCAAGAAGCCGAGGAGGGAAGGACCGGGAAAGCCUGGGUUUAAAGGACAGAAGGGGGGGUUCAAAAGGAAACAGUUUGAUGAGGGGAAGGGAACCGGAGAACAGAAGAAGUUCGGGCCAAAAGGGAAAGUGUACAGGGUCAAGGGAACAAAAGGACCUAUGAAGGGGAAACGUUCAAGAUAAUAGUAUUGAUGUUAGCUUGAGAGUUCAUCUGUGUUGGUAGAACUACUUUAACUGUAAUAUCCAACACGAAAAUUGGGUUCACACAAAUUUUCGACAGAACAGCACCAGUCUUUGCCAAGGAAU